AUGGCCGUCGGAAUAGUGCUAACGCUCUUCCUGCUCUUCGUGACGUUUCUCGUGAGCUACGUCCGCGUGCUGGUGGAGUGGCGUCGCAAAGUGUACAUCACAUCCGUGCCGUACGUGAAGGCGAGGAGCCGCCAGCAGAGUGAACCGCCGCAGCCCGUGACGAAGGAGUUCGCUCAGGCGCCCGGACCGGCUCCGUGGCCAAUUUUGGGCAACUUGCCACUCCUGGCGCACCACGAAAACCCCUUCCAGGCCUUCACGGAGCUCAGCCACAAGUACGGCGACGCGUACAGUCUCACACUCGGCACGACCAGGUGCUUCGUCGUGAACAGUCUGGAGCUGAUCCAGGAGGUUCUCAGUCAGAAUGGGAAAUUCUUUGGCGGACGCCCGGACUUUCUGCGCUUCCACAAGCUCUUCGGUGGCGACAGGAACAACUCUCUGGCCUUGUGCGACUGGUCGAAUUUGCAGCAGAAGCGACGCAAUUUGGCCAGGAGGCACUGCUCCCCGCGUGACAACUCAGACUACUACCGCAAGAUGUGCGACAUUGGCUGCCUGGAGAUGGGCGAGUUCCUGCGCGUGCUGAAGGACAAGGUGGGCACUGGGCGUGAGAUGCACGUGAAGGAAGUGCUCCAGGCCACGGCGGCGAAUAUGUUUUGCCACUACAUGUGCUCCAUCCGCUUCGAUUAUGCCGAUCAGGACUUCCUCAAGAUCGUCCACUGCUUCGACAAGAUCUUCUGGGACAUCAAUGAAGGCUACGCUGUUGACUUUCUGCCCUGGCUUCAGCCCUGCUACACCAAACUCCUCAACAGGAUCUCCUCCUGGUCCACUGAAAUCAGGAAAUUCAUCCUCAAGCGAAUCAUUGAGGAUCGUGAGUUGUCUCUGGACGUUGAGGAGGAUGAAUCUGACUUCACUGACGCUCUCCUCAAGAGCAUCAUCGCUGAUCCCUCUGUGACUCGAGAUACCAUCAUUUACAUGCUGGAGGACUUCAUUGGCGGCCACUCUGCGAUUGGAAACCUCGUGAUGAUCUCUCUGGGAUAUGUGGCGCUCCAUCCCGAAGUAGGCCAGCAGAUUCAGGCGGAGAUUGACCGGGUGACUGAGCGGAAGCGACCAGUGACGCUCUUCGACAAGGAGAAUCUUCCCUACACCAUGGCAGUGCUGUUCGAGACGCUGCGCUACUCAUCAUCACCGAUCGUGCCUCACGUGGCCACGGAGGACGUGGCUGUGUCCGGCUACGGCAUCACCAAGGGCACAGUGGUGUUCAUCAACAACUACAAGCUCAACACCAGCGACAAGUACUGGGAGGAGCCCAAGACGUUCAAUCCCACGCGCUUCCUGGAGAACGAGGACGGAUCCAGGUAUCGUCUGAAGAAGAACUUGCCUCACUUCUUGCCAUUCAGUAUCGGGAAGCGCACGUGCAUUGGCCAGAACCUCGUGAGAGGCUUUGGAUUUGUGAUGCUGGCCAGUAUCAUGCAGAACUACAAUAUUUCCUGCACGGAUCGCAGCGCCAUCAAAAUGUAUCCCGCCUGCGUGGCACUUCCGCCGGAUGCCUUCCCACUCACGCUGACCCCUCGCAACGCCCCCGAGUAGACACACCCCCGCGGACUCCCUGAAAACCUAAACCA